AUGAAUGAGUUCCAACCGCUCCUCGACCUCAAGUUCGGGUCGUUCGCUGCGGUUGCGGCCGCCGGCGCUGAGUACGUACCGGUCGGGGGAUGCCGGUUUCUACCAGCAUGGCCAGUACUUCGAAGUCAUCGAGGACGAGGAACUGCACCGCAUCCGACAAUAUACUACAUCCAGACGCGCAAAUCGCUCCCUGUUGAUGAGCGAGGGCCCACAGGAGUACUCGUCCAUAAAGGAGGUGCUCAAGGACUUUUGUGCUAGAACAACAUCGCAUGGGAUUCCGUUUAUUGGGUAGGGAAUCUAGCGGGCUUGUUAUUGGGUGACAUUGAGGUUUACGUCUUGGUCAAAAAAUUUUUAGAAUCGGCUUUUUGUUACCCUUUUAAUCUAAUUUAUAGCUCUUUCUUACUUUUUUUUAAAAAUUUUUUGUUUAAAAUCAAAAAAUACAGUAUUCCAUAAAGAAUUUACUCACAAACCAUUUAAUACAGCCCCAGCAGUCAAGAUACUAAACCUCUUUUUCAGAACCCAUUCAUUUUUCGGCCCAUACAUAUGGUCUUUUAUCACUGCCGUCGCUUUCAUCAUCUUCUUCACCCAAACGUAUCUAACCAUGUCCGACUAUCUCGAGUAUCGUACGAUUAUCGAAAUGCAGUUGAAAUUCGAGCCGGCUCCAUUCCCUGCAGCUACGAUUUGUAAUUUAAACGCUUUUAAGUUCAGUGAACUCCGCAAAUUCAAGGAAAUCGAGGAAGGCGUAGGUUUUAUAAAAUAUCUUUAAUGUAAUAUUCACUCUUUUUAGUUCAAAAUCUACGAAGCAGCGAUAGCCCAAUCUAGGAAUCAAAGCGAAGCCCUUCCAGUCCGAGUCAAACGUGAAAACGAGCUUCAAGUCAUUUACCAACCGGUUUUUGUACAAUGUGUUUGUAACUCACCUAAUGAUCAAUGUGUCCCGCAACGAAAUCCUUUGAAUGUGAGUUUUGAAAGCAUAAAUUAUUUUUUUACAUAAAAUCUUUAAAAACAUAGUUAAUAAAGGUACUGACGUGUGUUGAAUCAACAAAAACAUUCAUUAAAGCUAAUUAUUUCCAGACAAACACAACUACAUGUAUAUGUUACGAAGACGCUAAAACUGGAGACAUUUGGCCAUGUUAUCCAGCAGCAGUUUGGUCCCCAAAACACUGUUUCAACUGUUCCAACUCUCGCACUUGUGACGAUCCUCAGAAACUCAACUUCAGCCAGCUUUUGUAUGCUUCCGACCCUCAAGAGUGUAUAUGUCAGUCCAUAUCACAUUACUGUAUAAUAAAGGCCGAGAAAGACGAGAUACCGUGGUGGGAUCCGGAGAAGUAUCUUGUGUAUCCGGCUACAGAUGCUCCGACUCCUCCGCCUCCUGAUAACCAACUGAAUAAUCUGGGUGAUUUGAGGGAUCGAGGUUCAAUCACGAUCAAGACAAAGGAGAACUUGAUCUUCCUCGUGGCUGCGAUGCCAAAGGAUGUGAGGGAGAAGAUCAGCUACAAGUUGAAUGAAUUCGUGUUGAGAUGCUCGUUCAAUGGUGAAGACUGUGAUGAGGAGAGGUGAGGAAAUAACAGUAUGAUUGAAAAAUAGAUGUGAAACAUAAAAAAGUGCUGAAUCAAGCACAAAAUUUAAAAUUUUAAUACCUAGAAUUCUAUUUUAUAAACUUUUUAUAUUAUUGUAGGUAAGUCCCUGGCCUGGUCUAUUCUCUAAACCGAGCCCAAACCCAGAAAGCCACUUUAGAGCCCGCCUUUACUUAUUAUAACCUGAUAUACCCCUUGCUUAACUUCAGAGACUUCCAACUUCACAUGGAUCCAGAAUUUGGGAACUGCUAUACAUUCAACUUCAACGAUUCGGUAGAAUUGAAGAAUAGUCGUGCUGGUCCCAUGUAUGGUCUACGUCUACUGUUAAAUGUGAAUCAAAGUGAUUACCUACCUACGACUGAAGCUGUCGGAGUCAGAUUGGUAGUUCAUGAACAAGACCAAGAACCAUUUCCGGAUACAUUUGGCUACAGUGCUCCAACCGGCUUCGUGUCUAGUUUCGGGCUGAAAACUGUAAGUUUAUGUUCGUUUAAUAGUGCUGGGUGGCCUCAAAAAACCAUAGUUAAAGUAACCAAAACCCCGUUAGGCUGCUAGCAAUAGUAAUAUAAUCAGAGCACUUUACCAAAAUAUAGACACCAAAAUUCUAGAAAGUCCUCCAUCGUCUAGACGCACCGUACGGUAAAUGCAGCGACACUUUUCGACCAGAAAACUACAUUUACGCUGAACACUACUCUCCUGAAGGCUGUUACCGUAACUGUUUCCAACAAAUGAUCCUAGCCAGCUGUGGUUGUGGAGACCCUCGCUUCCCUUUACCUACGGAAGACGACCGAACUUGUGACAUCCGAAAUAUGAACGACCGGUUUUGUUUAACCAAUGCCACUUCGAUAUUGGGAGGAUUCCACCGCCUAACUCACAGGAAUUGUCAUUGUGUACAGCCUUGUACUGAGAACGUGUUCGAGACGGCGUAUUCGGCCGCUGCUUGGCCGGCUUUGAAUUUUAAGUUUGGAGAUAAUUGUACUGAUAUUGAGGAAAUUACAAAUGACCCAGUGGUACGUAUUUCUUUUUUAUAUGAUAUUUUAUUGCUUAAGCAUAUGAUACUACCUUUAAAUACUACUUACAAGGAAGGUGCCCGACCUGCAACACUCAGAUUUCGUUCAAACUUUUUUAUUGAAAGGUCACGUAAAUGUAAGAUGUUAUGCAAAAUUCUAAGUUGCGGUUUGCGGCCAGUCUUGAGAAAAUCGAGAUCGAAAAAUCGCGUUUUGAAUUUCCCGCCAAAUUGGCAUUGUGUUUCAAGCUUAUAACUUUGCCAUUUUUUGACUUUUAAUCAUUUUUCUUUAAUAUGCUGGUAAAAAACCUUUAAAUGAACCUACAUUUUUAAGUUUGUAAGUUUAGCUUGGCUGGAAAGUCGAAAAAAGUGCUUGAAACACAAUGCCAAAUUUGCCAACUUGGCGGGAAAUUUAAAUAUUUAAAAUUUAAAACUCAAAAGCGCAAGCUAAAAUUUUUCAUAGGUACUAAUGGUACUACAAAGAAUCCGUAUAAAAAUUUUGAGCUGAUUCUGAGAGUUGCAGGUUGGGUACUUUCCCUGUUAGUAUGUACACUAAUUAUGUAUAAUACUUAAAUAGUAUUACAAAAACUCUUAUCGUUUUUUAUGAAAAAAUUAGUAUUAGUGACAAAAUAUAAUAUUCAGGCGUGCUCAGAGUACUAUCGGUUAAAUACAGCGUAUAUUGAGAUCUACUACGAACAACUUAACUACGAAACUCUGAAAGAAACAGCUGGCUACACGGUAAGUGUCUAUGUACAUUGAUAUGCCAAUAUUCUUUUUUGAGCAGGGUUUUCUUUGCUCAACUUCUCCAGCUUUUUUAAUCAACCUUGUGAAGGUGGUGCUAUAUAGUACGAAACAAUUAUAAACUAAUAAAUAUGACGUAUUUUAGUUAGUAAAUCUAUUCUCUGACCUUGGUGGUAACAUUGGACUUUGGAUUGGGUUUUCACUUAUUACUGUAUUGGAAUGCGCCGAGUUACUAUGUGAAUUGGUCGUUUACACAUGUAAGUUAUGUCAUAACAUAAAGGUGUUUUCUUAUUUUACGCCAGGAAACCCUGAAAGUUAAUAAGUUUAAUAUAUAUGAGAAAAGUCGACGCAGUACGUUUUUAAAUAUUAUUUUACAUUACAGGUCGUCAAUCGAAGUACUUUAUCGUAGAGAAAACGAGAAAAGUCAACAACAAGGACGCGACCGAGGAGAACAAGAGUUACUCCCUAUACCUCGACAGUUCACCUGGCAGACACAAAUUCUCGUAUCAGGUAGAGCCAGCAACUCCUCAACCUAGUCUACCGAGUAUUUUAUCGACCGGUAAUAAGACCGAUACCGGCAGAACACGGUGGAGAAAUGUGCACCAUGCGGAUACUGACAAUCAGAGUACGACGAAUUUGAUCAAGAAAGAUUCAAAGUCAUCAACUGAUGAGAGUUUGUCCAACGGUUCGGUGUUGUAG